UGUCGAAGCUAUGUUAUAACUAAUAUCGCGAGCGUAUACAGAGUUGCGAGCGUCGGAUAAGUGCGCCAAUGUGGAAGUUUUCUAACAAAUUAUAAAAUCACGAAAUAUGGAUAUAAUUUAAAUUUCCGAGGCUUUUACUUUGGAAAAUUCCUUACAAAAAAGUUGCCAAAAGUUUACCGCCUUUUUAUUCAUUACAAACUCUAAAACAAAUAGAAAUUUUGACUUAGAAUGGAACUCGUUUAUAAAGGUAAUCAAACGAAUAGCGGAAACAAAACAUUAAACGACACCUUAGAAUUUAAUUUGGAGGCUGAAGUUUCAGACACACGUUUUUAUGAAUGGAUUUUAAUAUGUCUUUCUGUUAUUGUUUUUGUGAUGGGUUUGGUAGGAAAUGCCUUAGUUUGGUUUUCCGUGUGGAGAAAUCCACGCAUGAGAUCCCCAACAAAUAUAUUUUUAGUGAAUCUGGCUCUAGCCGACUUUUUGGUGAUUUUGAUUUGCUUACCACCCACCGUUAUAGCCGAUUAUAUGGGAAUGUGGAUAUUAGGCACUGCGAUGUGUAAAGUUAUAUCGUAUUUACAGAAAGUGUCAGUAUUUGUAUCAGUAUUAACUUUGACUGCCAUUUCUUUGGAAAGGUGGAUGGCAAUAUGUAGACCUUUGUGGUUUCGACAAACUUCUCUACGUUCCAGAAGGAUUAUGGUUGUCAUUUGGAUUGUAUCUUUGGGGGUUGCUAUUCCAGAUUUGGUUGCCAUGACGACUUUAAAGGCGUAUGCACCCACUGGAAAGGUUAUAAUAUGUGGUCCGUGGUGGAACAAAUUACAGGAAAAAAUUAACAUAUUAUUUAUGUUUGUUGUGUUUUAUGUGAUUCCAUUGCUCAUAAUGACAUUUACUUACGCAAAAGUCGCCUUGUGUUUAUGGCGGAGUGCUUCAUCUAAAGACGACAUCGAAUCAGCUGCUGCUAGUGUGCCUAGAGCUCAGCUUAUGUUACGAAGAAAGAAAGCUAAGAUGUUAAUUGUGGUGGUGAUGAUAUUUGCUAUCUGUUAUUUACCUGUAUAUAUGUUGUUUAUUUUAAAGUGUACGGGGGUGAGGAUUACUAUAUCACACGAUGCCUUUAAGUUAAUAGUUCUGACAGCCCAUUGGCUAUGUUAUUUUAAUAGUGCCAUUAAUCCAGCUAUAUAUAAUUUUAUGAGUUGUACAUUUCGGAGAGAAUUCAGAACAGCGUGUAAACUGUGUUGUGUUAAGGAAAGACCAUUGAGAUUCUCAGAAGGUGCUGCCAUAAACACAGAAAGGUUAGUUGACGUCAUCAUUCUUACAGAUUUCAAGUACAUAUAUACAUGUGUUGACCGAUGUUGACUCUCAGUACUCGACGAACAAGAGUCAACGGAUCUCCAAAUCUUCAUAUAUAUCGCCGAAAUUUUAAACACGGGUUAUCAAGUUAAAACAAAUUAAAAUUUUAAAAAAUGUGGUCACCUAUACAUUU